ACGAAAGAAGUGCAUGUGAUAAAUCCACUCUCAAUGAACUCGGCAAGUCGGCAACCACGUACAAGUACAGGGUACAGCCGUGCAUAGGCCUCGCCGCCUCGUAGCUCAACCACACGGACACGGUACUCCCCGAGCACGCUGAGAUGAAGCAAUAAAACAUCCACGGUACUUCGACGCAGCUCAACCACACCAUGGCCAUGCCGUCUCUCCUCCGCUUCCUCGUCCUCCUCACCGCAGGCGCCGCCGUCUCGCAGGUCGUCGCCGCAUGGGUGGACUGCGGCGACGCCUCGCCAUCGCCUCCUCCAUAUUCGUCCUCCCCUUCGCCGUCACCAUCAUCGACGCCCGCCAACGGCAGCAGCAAUGCGCCGUUCCGCGCGAACCUCAUGACGCUCCUGGACGCGCUCCCGCGCGCCGCGGCGCCCACGGGGUUCGCGUCCCUCUCCCUCGGGGCCGGCCGCGACCGCGCCUUCGUCCGGGGCCUCUGCCGUGGGGACUUCGACCCUCCCCGGUGCCUCGCGGAGCUGCAGGAGGCCGUGCGCACCCUCGGCGGCAGCUGCCCCAGCAGCAGCCGCCGCGGCGCCGUGUGGCUGGACGUGUACGUCGCCUACGCCGACACCAACGUCUCGACCCCCCGCGAGGACGACGUCCGCAUGGUCCUCUACGACACGCGCCUGGUAGCCCACCCGGCCGCCUACUUGCAGGCGUACAGCGCGCUGAUGGGGACCCUGGUGGCGCGCGCGGUGGGCGGCGGCGGCGGUGAGGCAGGGACGUCGAGGCAGUUCUUCGCGACCGGGGAGGCAAAUUACGCCAGCGACGACCCCAACGGCACCAUGUACGGGCUGGUGCAGUGCAUGAGGGACAUCACGGCGGCGGACUGCGUGCAUUGCCUGCAGGCCUCGGUGCCGCAGCUGCCGUGCUGCAAGGGGAACCAGGGGGGCGUCGUGCUGGCCUACAACUGCUACCUGAGGAUCCAGGUAUACACCUACUAUGACCUGGCGCUCGACGCGCCACCUCCAGCUGCUGAACCGGCGCCGCCGGUCCCCUCGCCGCCGCCCGCUGGGGAAACAAGCGGAACGGGGACGAGACCAAGAAACACCAUCGUACUCCUUGCCGUCGUCGUUCCACUCGGGACGCUACUCCUCCUCGCGUUCGUGGUGGCUGGUGUUUACUUGCGAAGGAGAAGAGGCGUCGUCGUCGAAGAGAGGGGACGUGAGCGCGGGUGCACGGCGGUCGAGGACGAGCCCAGCAUGACCUACGUUCACCCGGAGAAAUUCACUCUGGCGGCGCUGAGGGUGGCAACCGGCAACUUCGCUGCGGGAAACAAGCUGGGAGAGGGAGGUUUUGGAGAAGUUUUCAAGGGCAGGCUUGAGGAUGGACACCCCGUUGCAGUGAAAAGGCUCUCCAAGGGCUCCUCGCAGGGUUUCGACGAGCUGAAAAACGAGCUCAUUCUCGCCGCCAAGCUGAAGCACAGGAACCUCGUCCAGCUUCUUGGGGUUUGCCUGGAGGAAUCGGAGAAGCUGGUCGUGUACGAGUACGUGCCAAACCGGAGCCUGGACACCGUCCUUUUCGAUGCAGGGAGACGGCCGCAGCAAGCGCUGGAGUGGAGCGAGAGAUACAAGAUCAUCCGCGGGAUCGCGCGCGGCCUGCUGUACCUCCACGAGGAGUCCCGGCUGCGGAUCAUCCACCGGGACCUCAAGCCCAGCAACGUCCUGCUGGACUCCGACAUGACUCCCAAGAUCUCGGACUUCGGCCUGGCCAGAGCGUUCUGGGGAGACGAGUCCAGAGGGGUCACCAGACGGCCUGUCGGAACCCUCGGGUACAUGGCCCCGGAGUACGCGUACUACGGCCACGUCUCGACCAAGUCGGACAUGUUCAGCUUCGGGGUCAUCGUCCUCGAGAUCAUGACCGGCCAAAGGAACAGCAGCCCGUCGGUUGAAGACGGCAGCAGCAACAGGAACCUGCUGAGCUACGUCUGGGACCAGUGGAGGCGCGGAUCCGUGGCGGAGGUGGUGGACGCGUCGCCGUGCGCGGGCGGCCAGUGCGCCGGGACCGAGGCGCUCUCCUGCGUGCAGAUCGGGCUCCUGUGCGUGCAGAAGGACCCCAGGUCCAGGCCAGACGCGUCGGAGGUCGUCCUGAUGCUGGAGGGACGGUGCGCGAUCCAGCAGAAGCCGUCAAGGCCGGCGUUCUACUCCGGCCACAUCAGCGUCGCCUCGGCGCGGCGUGCUGCACGCGGAAGUGCGGUGAGCUACGGGCGUCUUUCUGCGAUCGGGACUGUUUCCGAGAACGGCGUUACAGUUUCGGAGCUCGACCCGCGGUAGAUCGUAGAACACGUUUAAUUUUUCACUGGUAAAGCUGUCCAGAGUCCAGACAGACAGCUGACCUGUAUCCUUCCUAGCCACGCCGGUGCUGCUGCCAUGGACAUCGGGACCAGAUCGAAUUUUCCUCAACCGCCCUCAAUGUGCACGCAUCGAGUCGCAACUUGCUGCGUUCAAUGCAGAAAAAACAUCAUCGGCCUUUUUAUCCCAACAGGGGGCAGGCACCGUUGAAUGACAACCGGAACUUGAAAUCCAGAAGCUGAGGGUUGCCAAUUCCCGUGGAUUAGUGCACCGAUUUCAACGCUCCCGUUCAGAUGUCGCUCAUCUGAGACAAAAAAAAAAACAAAGAUCUACUGGCGUCAAACUGCCGUGCCUACUGCCUACGAGAAACACCACCGCUCGCUAUAUACCUAUCCGUGUUGCCAUCUUUGCACAAUUAUGCUUGUCACCAUCGCCAUCCGCGCCUCGAUACCAUGCGUGAACUGGCAGGAGGAUUGUGUGGCCUGAAAGUCUCCAGAGCCUGCAAGAACAUUGAUCUGAAAAUUACAGGAUAACACGGGUACAAACAGGCUCGCACAAACUUUCCCGCAGAACCAAACACGCUUCACAAAUGCUAACUCGAAGGAAUUCAGACUUCGUCACCACAUGUUGUGGUGGCCUGCGCCCGAGAACAAAUAAAUAAAUUGACCUAGCAACAGAACAAAUAAAUAAAUUGCGUAAGAUAUUUUCCCCCAAAUCGACCCCUUGCCACCUGACGAUAUAUUUUAUCAAUGGAUCAAUGUUUCAUGAACAUAAAAAAUGUAUAACACGUAGAUCACUUAAUACUGGCAGAGGCUGCACCCAGGCUCCAUACAGGACUGCUCACUAAUCAUUAUUGCGCGCCCGAUAUCUUCUCUCAGGUGAAGGUGGGCAAUAUAUGCAAAACA